AGGUCUUACUAUGUUACCCAGACUGAUCUCAAACUUCUAAAUGCAAACACUCCCUCGCCUUGAUCUCCCAAAGUGCUGGGAUUAGAGGCGUGAGCCGCCAUGCCUGGCCCCACUUGUCUAUUUUGUUUUUGGAGGCAGGAUCUCCCUCUGUCACCCAGGCUGGAGGGCAGUGGUGCAAUCACAGCUCAUUGUAGCCUCAACCUCCCAGGCUCAAGCAAUUCUUCCAUCUCAGCCUCACCAAGUGCUGGGAGUAUAGGCAUGAGCCACCUGCCCGGCCAUUUGUCUAUUUUUCUUUAUCCUUCUGUCGGUAUGCCUUAGUCUUCUCCAUAGGUUGUCUCUCUGGUCAUCCCCUAAACAUUAGUGUCUUCAAUAUCCUAACCCAUUCUCACUCCACAUCAUCCCUCGGUAAUCUUAUCCACUCAUAUACUGAUGGCUCUUUUUUUUGAGAUGGAGUGUCACUCUGUUGCCCAGGCUGGAGUGCAAUGGCAUAGUCUCGGCUCACUGCAACCUCUGCCUCCUGGGUUCCAGCAAUUCUCCUGCUGCAACCUCUUGAGUAGCUGGAAUUACAGGCAUGCACCACCAUGUCCAGCUAAUUUUUGUAUUUUUAGUAGAGACAGGGUUUCACCAUAUUGGCCAGGCUAGUUUCGAACUCCUGACCUCGUGAUCCACCUUCCUCGGCCUCCCAAAGUGCUGGGAUUACAGGUGUCAGCCACCAUGCCCAGCUGCUAAUGGCUCUUAAAUACUUAUCUCUAUUCCAAAUGGCAUUCCUCAGUGUUUCCAUUCAUUGUCCUAUGGAGACAUCAAAUUCAAUCUGUGAAAAACUGAACUCAUCUUUUCUCCUACUCACCUCCCACCUCAAUAAAUCUGGUACUCUUUUAGUGUUUCCUCCAUCCUUUUUUUUUUUUUGAGACGGAAUUUUGCUCUUGUUGCCCAGACUGGAGUGCAAUGGCUCAAUCUCAGCUCACCAUAACUUCUGCCUCCUGGUGUCAAGCCAUUCUCCCGCCUCAGACUCCUGAGUAGCAGGGAUUACAGGCAUGUGCCACCAUGCCCAGCUAAUUUUGUAUUUUUAGUAUAGACGAGGUUUCUCCAUGUUGGUUAGGCUGGUCUCAAACUCCUGACCUCAGGUGAUCCGCCUGCCUCAGCCUCCCAAAGUGCUGGGAUUACAGGCAUGAGCCACCAUACCUGGCCCCAUCCUUUUUUUUUUCUUUUUGAGUCAUUGUCUCGCCUUGUUGCCAAGGCUGGAGUGCAGUGGCAUGAUCAUAGCUCACUGUAAGUGUUGAACUCUUGGAAUCAAACAAUCCUCUGCCUCAACCUCCUGAAUAGUUGAGAUUAUAGAUGUGUACCAUGACAUCUGGCUAACUUUUUUUAAAAUUUAAAUUAAAAAAUUUUUUUCUUUUUAAAUCAAAGCUACUGCAAAUCAAUUUAAUUUUUAAUUUUGCAGAAACAGGGUCCCCAAUGUUGUCCUGGCUGGUAGCGAACCCCUGGCUUCAGCACCCUCCUUCCCUCUGACAUUGAAUGGCACAGCUGACCUUACAAUUGCUGAGGUUAGAAACCUGCUUGUUUUCUUGUCAGUCUCUUUCUAUUCCUCCUCCUCCUUGCAUCAAUCACCAAGUUAUGUUUACUAGACCUCCUAAAUAUUUCGAGUUUACCCAAUUAUCUCCACCGAACUGUGACUACCCUAGUUUAGGCUGCUUUCAUUAAGUACUUGGGUAACUGCAGUCACUACCUCUAACUGGUAUCUCUCCCUCCUCUCUUAUCCUCCUUGUAAUCCAAUCUCUACCCUACAGCCAGGGUAGAGAUUAAAUUUAUAAGAAGUAAUUUAAUCAGGCCACUUUCCUACUUAAACCUUUCAAAGCUUCCCCAUCCGCCUACAGGAUCAAGUCCAAACUCUCACGUGGCUUAUACAGUCCUGCCAUGGUCUGGGUUCUGUUGUUCACUACAGCCUUAACUCUUUAAAAUAUGAAUUCUUUUCAUUGCUUGGACAGAGUAUGCUCUUGUCUCAAGGUCUGUAGGAGCUCUAGGCCCUCCUCUUUACCUUGCUGACUUAUCCUACAGGUCACAGAUUCACCUAUUUUUUCUGCGACCACGCCUUCCCAGCCCCUACGCACGCUUGCUUUUUGCUUCCACAGCCCGUGUACACGCUUCUGUAUAAUUUAUCACACUGUAUUGUAUCUACAGGCAGUGAACCCCUUGAACACGGGGUCUGUGACUGGCUUGUUCUCUGCUGAGUCUCCAGGAUCUAGAACAGGGCUUGGCACGAAGGAGGUGCACAGUGGGUAGUGAAUGCAGGAGUGAAUGGAUGCGGGAGGGCUGGUGUCUUUUGGAAAGGAGCGCUCGAUGGCUGAGAAGCCUGCUGGGCAAGGGCUGGGUGUACACCUGCCAGGGUGUUAAGGAAGGAAAGCAGGAUUCAAAUCCCAUCCAUCUAGCCUCCCCAACACUGCGACGGCGCCGCGCCUUCUUCCGGCCCAUCUGAGCCGGAAGUGGAGGCGUGGGCUUCCCAUGAUGCCCCGCGGGAUCUUUAUCGUAACCGCAAGGAGUAGAGGGAGGUGGUCGAGAUGGCGGCGCCGGAGGCGGCCUCGGUCCCUGAUUUGGAGUGGUAUGAGAAGUCCGGAGAAACUCACGCCUCUCAGAUAGAACUACUUGAGACAACCUCUACCCAGGAACCCCCCAACCCUUUGGAGCCCUUUUGCCCAAGAGACUGCAUGGUACCAGUGGUGUUUCCUGGGCCUGUGAGCCAGGAAGGCUGCUCUCGGUUUACUUGUGAACUUCUAAAGCAUAUCAUGUACCAACGCCAACAACUACCUCUACCCUAUGAACAGCUUAAGCACUUUUACCGAAAACCUUCUCCCCAGACAGAGGAGAUGCUGAAGAAGAAACCUCGGGCCACCACUGAGGUGAGCAGCAGGAAAUGCCAACAAGCCCUGGCAGAACUGGAGAGUGUCCUCAGCCAUCUAGAGGACUUCUUUGCACGGACACUAGUACCACGAGUGCUGAUUCUCCUUGGGGGCAAUGCCCUAAGCCCCAAGGAGUUCUACGAACUCGACUUGUCUCGGCUGGCCCCCUACAGCGUGGAUCAGAGCCUGAGCACAGCAGCUUGUUUGCGCCAUCUCUUCAGAGCCAUAUUCAUGGCUGAUGCCUUCAGCGAGCUUCAGGCUCCUCCACUCAUGGGCACCAUCAUCAUGGCACAGGGACACCGCGACUGUGGAGAAGAUUGGUUUCGACCCAAGCUCAACUAUCGAGUGCCCAGCCGGGGCCACAAACUGACUGUGACCCUGUCAUGUGGCAGACCUUCCAUCCGAACCACGGCUUGGGAAGACUACAUUUGGUUCCAGGCACCAGUGACACUUAAAGGCUUCCGCGAGUGAAUGAGCGCUUCUUAAUCCUGAAAACACAAUGGCUGAAUUAUCUUUCUCCAUGUGGCACUGAAUCACCUAUCUAGUUUGGAGCUAGAGUUGCUUCCUGGUGAGAGAGGAAGCAACUCUCCUUUUGGUUGUCUGCCUCCUUCCUCAGAUUUCCUGGUGGGCUGAUGGCAUGUAGCUGUGACUGUAAUCAUUGCUGAACAACAUCUCUUUGAAUCAAAGGUUGAUCUUCCCAGAGGGUGCUGGGUCAGUGUUUCUGUUAGGGAUUGGAAAGCAAAGAUGGGUCCAUAGACAGACACUCUAUGGAGGUGGCCCUUUCUGCUCUUUGCUGUGUUCUUUCUGAAUUUUUACCAGGAACAUAAUGUGGAUGUGACUCAUGAACUUAAAUAUAAAUAGAUUCUUAUUAUA